AUGUCAGAGACAAAAACCAAAGCCUGGCCCAGACCCGAGUCGGUCAUGUACGAGAAAGAGAUGAAGGCGGAGAUCCUGUUACAUGCCCAUGCUCUAUGUGCCGAGCGUUCUCGAUCUAGUUCACAUUUCGACAUCAUCCACAGCACGACCGACGAAUCUAAUGAGCCUUAUUACGAAACGCACCUCAUCGUCAGUGUCUCCUCGGAUUGUUACCGCGCAGGAGACUGGGAACUUCUCAUCUCAGUCGGCAAGAACAAGACUUUCGCGGACGGAUUGGAUGCUCUCAUGGUGGAACUUACACAGCGGUUGGGUAGAAAAAUCCGUAAGUACGAUAGCCACAAGUAA